UGCUGAACUCCAAGUCUUUUUAUAAAUCUAAUUUUCUUGUUUUCCCUGAUGCUCAUAUUUGCUAAAACCAUCAAAAAAAUCUUCGUUCCCAAAGAACUAGUUUCAUAAAAUUCUAUAAAAUUGAUCUUAAAAAUAACAAUUUUAACCCGAUCCGGCCCUACCCUGCAGCACCACUACUUGUAUACUCUUCCACCGCCACGUGCAUAUCUAAUCUAUGCUUCAAAAAUGAUGUCUUCCAUCUUAACCAACUCCCAGAGCCUUCCACUCCCCUCCCAAAAAGCUCAGACCAAACACCAGAAGGCUUGGAAUUCCAUCCUCAAGUACCAUCUCAAGCUCAAGAAUGACCGAGGAAUCCUCGCAACAUUCGCUGAAAUGGUAGCUUCGGGCGUUGCACCCGAUCGACUCACGCUGCCGUUUGUUCUUAAAGCGUGCGCCAGGCUACACGACGUCAAACUUGGCCAGAGGAUUUAUUCUGAUAUCAGUGGCACCAACUUGAUCGACGAUGUCCGGAUCAGGACAGCACUCAUUGAUUUUUACUGCAAAUGUGGGCUAGUGGAUGAUGCGUUUGAACUGUUUGAAGAAAUGACCCAAGGAGACUUGGCAUCUUGGAAUGCCAUGAUUUCUGGGACUGUUAAAAAUUUUCAGUAUAAAGAUUCUAUUUUGCUGUUUUCUAGAAUGAGAAGAGCUGGUUUUGAUCCCAAUUCGGUGACUCUGGUUAGUCUCCUUUCUGCUUGUUCCAAGUUGUCCGACUUAAGACUUGGGAAAGAGAUACACAGCUAUUGUUUGAGAAGAGGGUUUCUCGAAUCAGAUCCGCAUAUAGGGACUUCAUUGAUUGGAUUCUAUUCAGGGUUUGACAUAAGGUGGUCACGCUCUGUGUUUGAUACGAUGGUGUUAAGGAAUACAGUAAGUUGGAAUGCAAUCAUAUAUGGGUAUUUUCAGGUGGGAGGUGUUGAUGAAGCUUUGGAAUUUUUUGUCCAGAUGCUAGUAGACAAUGUGUCUCCAGACUCUGUGACAUUUCUGGCUGCUUUGCAAUGUUGCGCUGAAUUUGGAUGUUUAGAGCUGGGAAAGCAAAUUCACCAGUUUGUUGUCAAGUAUGGAUUUUUAUCCAAUAAAUUUGUAGCAAAUGCAUUGAUUGAUAUGUAUGGUAAAAGUGCAAAUUCAGAAUUAUCAAGUUUGGUUUUUGAAAAGAUGCUCAUAAAAGAUCUGGCGGCAUGGAAUGCUAUGAUCUCUGCAUAUAAAAAUUGCAUGCUAUAUGACAAAGCAUUCAAUUUGUUUAAAAAAUUGCAAUUGGAGGACAUAGAAGAAAAUUCAAUCACCAUUGCUACAAUGCUAUCUAUAUGUGCCCAGUCUGGUGAGUUAGAGAAAGGUAAACAACUGCAUGCCUAUGCCCUGAAAACUGGAAAGAAGGGUGACGUCACCAUUGAAAGUGCAUUAUUAAGCAUGUAUGCAGAGUUAGAUUGUAUGGUAUCUUCUCUUCAGAUUUUUCAUGGGAUGGACAAGUUAGAUGUGGUUUUUUGGAACAUAUUGUUUGCAGGAUUGAUUCGUAACCAAUUGACGAGCCAGGCUUGGAGUCUCUUCAGACAGAUGCAGCAAAUAGGAACUAAACCCAACUCAUUUACUAUGGUCUCUCUUCUUGCAGGAUGCAAAGACAAAUUAUCUUUGAAUAUUGGCAGAUCAAUCCAUGGUUAUGUAACACGACAUGGCCUUGGUGGCAAUUCAUCAUUGUGCACUGCACUGACCAAUGUGUAUAUGGACUGUGGAUAUGAAUCAGCUGCACUCCAUAUAUUUUGGAGUUCCUCUGAUAGAGAUGUAGUCUCUUGGAAUGCUAUGAUUGCCUGCUACAUCCGGAAUGGAAAACCAAAUGAAGCUCUUUUACUCUUCUACCUUAUGCACUCGGAGGUGAAACCCAACUCAGCCACACUGAUCAAUGUUCUUCCAUCAUGUACACAUAUGGCAAAUCCACCACAAGGUAGAUGCUUGCAUGCUUACAUUGUCAGAAGGGAACUUGGUUUGGCUUUAGACAGUCCUUUGGGGAAUGCUCUUCUAACUAUGUAUGCAAGAUGCGGGAGUAUAAGCAAUGCUGAGAAGGUAUUCAAAAACCUACCAGGAAGAGAUAUUGUAUCUUGGAAUGCUAUGAUUGCUGCAUAUGGAAUUCAUGGCUGCGGUGAAGAUGCAGUUCAUACAUUUUACCAAAUGCUAGAUGCUGGUGAGAGACCAACGAGUGUGACAUUUAUUUCUGUUUUAUCUGCUUGCAGCCACUCUGGUCUGGUUGAGAAAGGAUGGGAAGUUUUUCAUUCCAUGACCAGGGACUUCAAUAUAACACCCAAGGUUGUUCAUUACUCAUGCAUGGUAGAUCUACUUGGCCGUGCAGGCAGCCUGGAUAAAGCUAGCGAUCUGAUUCACUCAAUGCCUAUGGAGCCAGAUCCUAGUGUAUGGAGAGCUCUUCUGAGUGCUUGCCAAGUGUUUUCUAACAUUGAACUGGCAAAAAUAAUUGCUGGAAAACUAUUUGAACUAGAACCCUGGAACAUUGCAAACUACAUUCUUCUUUCCAAUAUUUAUGCUGCAGCUGGGAAUUGGGAAGAUGUCAAAGCAUUGAGAGCACUGAUCAAGGAGAAGGGUUUCAGAAAGACUCCAGGAAACAGUUGGACAGCUACUAGAAACCAAGUUAACUCUUUUACUGCAGGGGACAAAUUACACCCUCAGCUCAGUGUUAGCUACACAAGACUGAAAUGGCUGUUAGAUGGGCUAAACAAAGAUGAUAUUUUCCUGAAUCAAGUUUGGUCUUGCAUGAUGUGGAGGAUGAGGAAAGAAGGUUGAAAUCUUUCAGCCAGAGUUAGAAACUAACAGUUGCUCUUAUCUGCUGAAAACAAGCCUGGAAUGCCAAUGGUAAUUACCAUAUGUCCAAUUGUACGUGGAGAGUGCCACUUGUUCAGCAAGUUUGCUUCUGAUUUUCUUUGCAGUCUUGUCAAAGUAAAUUGAAUAACUUCUGGAUUCUGGGAACUGCAUUUCAGCAUCUUGGCUGGGAAGAUUUUGAAGUAUUGGUGCAUUCAAGUUAUCCAAAUGCCAAAGCCAGGUGUUGGUCAUAGCUUGAUUUCGUGUUUCAAAAACACCCAAUAAUUUCAGUUGCUUUUGGGACCAAGCUAGGAGUCAAUUGUACAUUGAAACCAUACUUGCCACCAACCUUCCUAGAAGGGCGGAUAUAGUUCUUGCAGUGCCUUGCAUACCUUAGACCCAAGCAUGUCUACUGCUUUUACUCUCUUUUUAUAUUUACCUACAUCAUAUAGUUUCCAAAUGAUUUUUUAUUAGAAUCUUUUUUCGAACAUGUUUUUCAAAGCAGAAUUUUCUAUAUUUUAUAUAUACCACCACCAGAAAAAAAGGUAUGGGUAUAGUUGGAGUACAACAAUAACUAUAAUUUUUCACAUAUAUAAUUAUACUAUAUAUGACAAGCAUUGUGUUGGCAUAAGUGUGGCGCAUCCAAAGCAAGAAAAUGCAAGAAACUGCAGUGAAAACAGCAGAGGGGUCGACUUAUGCUGAUCUGAGGUCGACCCCUAAAAAGCUAGGGUCGACUUUGAAAUCAGGCAGAAAAACAGCUCUCUGAAAAGCUUGAGAGAGUCGACUCCAGGUGAGCAGGGGUCGACUCGUGCUGUUAAGGGGUCGACUCAUGGAUUGCAGGAGUUGACCCCAGGUCGGGGCCGGUGAUACAGAGAGAGUGGGAGUCGACUCGAGCUGUGCCAGAGUCGACUCCAGGCCUGUGACAGAUUUAAGUAGGGACGAGAAUUGAUCUCCUACUUGCUUAAGGCUUAGGUAUUUUUGAGUCUUAAGGUGGCUAAACAUUAUUUGGGCUAGGUUUAGGCUCAAGGAAGAGAGAGCAUGCAAGUCAUGGGUGUACAUGGGCUUGAGUUGAGUGCUUUCUCAUGUGGUUUAGCCUAGAAGAGUUUUUGGAUUUGGGUCAUGUUUGACCACGUAUAUAUAAACUCUUAUAAUUUGUGUAUGUAAGGAAUAAAAUCAUUGGAAACUCUUUCUCCCUGAAAUCCUAAUCUCGUUUCUCUCUCCCUCUCACGCCAUCAUCCCUAAGAAAAGUUAGGGCACGCAGCCAUUGUUGAAGAAGAGCCAAAUUCUGCUUGGCUCUUGUCCUCCUUCACCAUUCAAUCAAGGUCCAACGCCUCUUGCAGCAUAGGAGAUGCCCUAGGUGCUGUGUUUUGAGGCGCACGUAUCCUACAAUUGGUAUCAGAGCUAUUGGUUGCUAAUUCGGUGGAGAAAAAUCAAAAUCUGUGGUAAGCCUUCAAAACAAAAUUUUCUGUGUUCAUUAAAUUUUUGUUUGGUGUUAUGGCUUCGGAAAAUCUCAAAGCAGAUUUUGAGAAGGUCGAUGGCAAGGGAAACUUCACCCUAUGGCAGCAAAGGGUGAAGGAUUUGCUGGUACAACAAAGGAUCUAUAAGGUCUUGGUUAGAGAAAGACCGGAAAGGAUUAGUUUGGAAGAUUGGGAGGAGUUAGAGAAGAUAGCGUUUAGCACCAUUAGAAUGUGCCUGGCUGAUCAGGUACUACCUGAGAUUUGCUCGGAGACCACGGCCAAAGGGCUAUGGGAGAGGUUAGAAAACAGUUACAUGGGCAAGAGCAUGACAAAUAAACGUGGUUGAAGAAACAGUUGUAUAGUCUGCGGAUGCCGGAGGGAAGAGAUCUGAUUUCUUAUAUUCAGAAGUUCAAUCAAGUUUGCUUGGAGGUCAUGAGCCUUAAUGUGAAGAUUCAGGAAGAAGAUAAGACCCUUCUACUGUUGUGUUCUCUCCCAGGAUCAUAUGAUGGGCUGAUCACGACUCUGGUGUAUGGGAAGGAACCUUGAAUUAUGAAGAGAUGAUUAGUGUUCUUCAGUCUAAUGAGCAAAGAGAAGAUUUGCAAGGGGAGUUCUAACUCAGAGGUUCUUGCUGUUAAUGAGAGGCAAGGGAGGCCUCGGGAAAGAGCUAGAGAGAGUCCAAGGGCAGAUCUAAGUCUCGGGGUAGGCAGAAGGCUUGGAAGUGCUACAAGUAUCAUCAGAUUGGACACAUAAGGAGGAAUUGUCCUUUGCUGAAAUCUAAGAAGAAAAAAAAUUCUUCCAAUGGUGGUUCGGCCAGUCAUAUUGAUGCUCUUACAUCUGAAGACAAUGGAGAUGAUAUUCUGAUUGUUUUAGAUGGUCACAUGAAGGAAAACAGUCGGUGGACGUUGGAUUCAGCAUGUUCGCAUCACCACACUUCACAUCGGGAGUGGUUCGAUACCUAUGAGAAAAUCGAUGGAGUGUGAGUUUAGGUGAUGAUUAUCCUUGCAAGAUUGCUGGGGUAGGCACCAUUAAGUUGAGGAUGUAUGAUGGGGUCAUCAGAACAUUGACUAAUAUGAAAUAUGUCCCGGAGCUGAAGAAAAACCUGAUUUCAUUGGGCUACUUAGAGAAGCACGGAUGUGCUUUUGGUAGCCAACCGGAUAGCGGCUGUUUGAGGAUCACCAAGGAGGCCUUAGUGGUGAUGAAGGGCAGAAGGAUGGCCAAUAAUCUCUAUGAGAUGGAAGGCUCAGUGGUGACGGAUAGUGCAGAGGUGUUGGCGGCAGCACAGGAGAAGCAGUUGGUCUACAAACUGUGGCACUAUCGGAUGGGUCACAUGAGCGAUAGGGGGCUCACGGAACUCGGUAAGAGGUGUCUGAUUACAGUAGUUGAAAAAGAGGGAAAUGACAUAUGUGAGCCUUACAUUUAUAGCAAACAACAUAGGGGGUAAAGUUUGCCAACAAUUUCAAGCGGAGUGAAGGCAUUCUACAGCUAGUUCACUCGGAUGUUUGGGGACCGGCGCCUGUUUCAGCUAGAGGUGGAGCAAGGUAUUUUUUGACCUUUAUUGAUGACUUCUCCAGGAAGGUAUGGGUCUAUCUGAUUAAGAAAAAAUUAGAGGUAUUUGCCUGGUUUAAAUCCUGGAGGGCUGAAGUUGAAAAGAAAAUAAGGCAGCCAGUGAGGUGCUUGAGGUCGGAGUACACAAGCUCUGAGUUCAAAAGGUACUAUAAGGAGAAUGGGAUCAAACACCAUUUCACAGUGAGGAUAACUCUGCAACAGAACGGUGUGGCCGAGAAGAUGAACUGCACAUUGACAAAGAAGGCCAGGAGUUUGAGGCUGCAGACAUCACUUUCCAAAACUUUUUGGGGUGAUGCGAUAAUUUUCUCUUAUUUUCUUGUUAACAGGUCCCCCAAUAGAAAGCUUGAUGGAGGCAUUUCAGAGGAGAUCUGGAGUGGGAAGGAGGUGGAGCUUGGCCACCUAAAGGUAUUCGGUUGCCCGACCUAUACAUUAGUGGAGGCAACCGAAAGAAGCAAACUUGAUCCAAAAUCGCAAAAGAUGGUCUUCAUUGGAUAUCCACAAGGGGUCAGGGGUUAUUUGCUGUGGGAUCCUCAUUCACAGAAGUGUACCAUCAGUAGAAAUGUGAUCUUUGAUGAGGAGAGCAUUUUGAAGAAGUCAGGAUUUGCAGAUGAGGCUGAAAAGGCUGGACAGGGCAGCAGUGGACAGCACUCACUAGCAGGUGAUAUUCCUUCAAAUUCUACCUCGAAACGUAUUUCUUUUGAGAUGGAAUUUGGUAGGCAUGUUCCUACAUGUGUGAAGGACCAGCUAGGAGUGCCAUCAGUCCAGGAAGAGGUGCAAGUAGAGCCACAGAGUUCCGGUUUGAGGGACCUUGUCGAGGGAAUUGCACCGCACAAGCCGAAGCGCCUCAUCUACAAACCUAUUCGGAAUGGCAUUGAUGAGACUAUAUCCUAUGCUCUCAUCAUUGCUAAUGGAGAUCCAGAGACAUUUGAAGAGGCCAUGGAGAGCUCAGAAAGGGAAUCAUGGAUUCAAGCCAUGAUGGAAGAGAUGCAGUCUCUUGAAAAGAACAAGACAUGUCAGCUUGUGGAUCUACUGGGAGGUGCUCGGGCCAUUGGUUCUAGAUGGGUCUUCACAAAGAAAGAGGUGCCUUCAGAGCAAUAUGGAGUUAGGUAUAAGGCAAGGCUUAUUGCAAAGGGGUACUCACAGAGAGAGGGAGUGGACUAUACAGAGGUAUUCUUUCCGGUAGUGCGGCAUGCUUCAAUUCGGGUGUUGUUGUCUUUGGUAGCACAAUAUGAUAUAGAAUUGGAGUAGAUGGAUGUGAAGACGGCGUUCUUAAAUGGGAGCCUAGAGGAGAGGAUAUACAUGCAGCAACCAACUGGUUUUAUACAGCCGAGGUUGGAAGAAAAGGUAUGUCUACUGAAGAGACCUAUCUAUGGUUUGAAGCAGUCACCCCGACAGUUGUACAAGAGGUUUGAUAUCUUUGUUCUUAGCCUUGGAUUUUUCAGAUGUGAGCAUAAUAAUUGUGUAUAUGUAACGGAUGUGGAUGAGGAGAAUGCUCUAUAUUUGCUUCUAUAUAUGGAUGAUAUGCUCAUUGCCAGCAGGAGUAUCAAUGCAGUGAAUGAGCUAAAAUCAGCAUUGUUUACUAAAUUUGAGAUGAAAGAUUUGGGUCCUUCCAAGAAAAUUCUUGGAAUGAAGAUUUGCAGAGAUAGAAGCAAAGGUGUCCUCCACCUGUCAUUGGGAGGAUACAUUCAGAAGGUCUUGAUUAGGUUUGGGAUAGAUAAAGCCAAACCGGUUGGAAUACCGCUUGCAAGCCACAUGUCUCUUUCGAAGUUGCAGUGCCCCCAGACAGAUGAAGAGAAAGAGUACAUGGAUAGAGUUCCAUAUGCUAGUGUUGUGGGCAGCGUGAUGUAUGCUAUGAUGUGUUGUAGGCCAGACAUAGCACAUGCAGUGAGCCAGAUGAGUAGGUACAUGGCAAACCCAGGGAAAAAGCACUGGCAGGCACUGAAGUGGAUAUUUCGGUACCUACAAAAAACUCGGAGGCUUGGUCUGACUUUUGAGCAGCAAGAUGGACAUGGGAGGAACUCCAAUGCCUCAAAGGAGUUCUCAGGUCUAUUAGAAGGGUAUGUGGAUGUAAAUUUUGCAAAUGAUCUGGAUACGAGGAGAUCUAUUAUAGAUUAUGCGUUCAGCAUGUUUAGUGGACCGGUUUUAUGGAGAUGGACCCUUCAACCUAUCACGGCCUUGUCCACCAUAGAGGCCGAGUACAUAGAGAUUACAGAGGCUGCCAAGGAGGCUCUUUGGUUAAAGAGACUCAUUCAGAAGAUGGAGGUGAAGCAGAGUAUAGUGGUGCUGCACAGCGACAGUCAGAGUGCUCUGCAAUUGGUUCAGAAUCCAGUCUAUCAUGCUCGCACAAAGCAUAUAGACGUGAGGUACCACAGGAUCAGAGAGUUAGUGGAGAAUGGUGAAGUGAUGCUGGUGAAAGUUCAUACAAAGAAGAAUCAGUCGGAUGCAACUAACGAAGACUCUUCCACGGGAUAGUUUUCUCUCUUGUGUGGAGCUGAUGGGACUAUCGGAUCAGGUGGAGCUUGCAGAGGCUUUGGAGCACCAAGGUGGAGAUUGUUGGCACAAGUGUGGCGCAUCCAAAGCAAGAAAAUGCAAGAAACUGCAGUGAAAACAGCAGAGGGGUCGACUCAUGCUGAUCUGAGGUCGACCCCUGAAGAGCUGCGGUCGACCCCUAAAAUCAGACAGAAAAAUAGCUCUAUGGAAAACCUAAGAGAGUCGACUCUAGGUGAGCAGGGGUCGACUCGUGCUGUUAAGGGGUCGACUCAUGGAUUGCAAGUGUCGACCCCAGGUCGGAGCCGGUGAUACAGAGAGAGCGGGAGUCGACUCGAGCUGUGCCAGAGUCGACUCCAGGCCUGCGACAGAUUUAAGUAGGGACGAGAAUUGGUCUCCUACUUGCUUAAGGCUUAGGUAUUUUGAGUCUUAAGGUGGCUAAACAUUAUUUGGGCUAGCUUUAGGCUCAAGGGAGAGAGAGCAUGCAAGUCAUGGGUGUACAUGGGCUUGGGUUGAGUGCUUUCUCAUGUGGUUUAGCCUAUGAGAGUUUUUGGGUUUGGGUCAUGUUUGACCACAUAUAUAUAUAUACUCUUGUAAUUUGUGUAUGUGAGGAAUGAAAUCAUUGGAAACUCUUUCUCCCUGAAACCCUAAUCUCGUUUCUCUCUCCCUCUCACGCCAUCAUCCCUAAGGAAAGUUAGGGCACGCAGCCAUUGUUGAAGAAGAGCCAAAUUCCGCUUGGCUCUUGUCCUCCACCAUUCAAUCAAGGUCCAACGCCUUCUUGCAGUAUAGGGGACGCCCUAGGUGCUGUGGUUUGAGGCGCACGUAUCCCACACAUUGCUAUAUGUUUGGUUUUCUAAAAUUUUAUAGUUGCAAUUUGUGCUGUGACUAUGCAAGCAUUACUUAUUUGUUAAAAGAACCUACCAUUAAGAGCAUUAGAAAAUAUUUGAUCUUUAAAUGAUAGAAGAAAUUGGAUAAAAUGAAUCCACAAAUCGUAAUGCAAUGGAUAGUGAAUUUUAUGGACCAUAUACUGACCAUAUCUAGAACCCUUGUGGAAUUUGGAUUUGGUGAGAUGUAUGCAACAUUUAUAGGGAUAUAUUGUUAACUGAUGCCUAUUAGCUAAGGUAAUGAUUACUCCUUAGAAGUAUCCAUGCUUUAGAGGGAACAGGUCAAUUGGAAAUUAAGCAGGUGGAUUAUGAGAUUGGAGGACUACGGUAACAUUUGAUUGCGAAAUAAAUUUUGGAAAGGAUAUCCCUUAUAUUGUUAGAGUGAUACAACCUAUUCUGCAGAAUAGGAUUGUUUUGGCAUUUGGUUGGAGGAAUAAGUGCAGGAAAUAAGUGAAGCGAACAAGAUGCAUUCAAUGCGCAUUGGAUUUUGAGAUGUUUGGAUUUUAUCACAAAGACAAUUACCCUCCCACUUUUUUACGCGUUUAUAUAAUCGAUAAGGGCAAAAUGGUUAUUGGAGAGGAUAGGGUCAAGCCUAUUCCAUAGUAUAAUUCCACUCAACCAAAAUGGUUGAAUAGAAUUAUGCUAUAUGGGCUCACUCAUACUCGACACAGUAUAAGCCCCUAUGCUGCAGUAUUUUUUAGUUUGGUAAGGAUAUUCCCUUCAGGGUCAGUGGAAUCGUCCCGAACCGGAUAGUUCCGGCCAUUCCGAGCCGUACUAGAGGCUCACUGGUACAGUUCUGACAACGGAAAUGAAAAUCAUUGCUGGAGCCAGAGAAGGAGAAGAAAAGAGCAAACGAGCGAGGGAGGAAGAGGGAGAGGGAGGGAUACUGGCGAAGGGCCGGCAGAGGCCGUGCGAGGCGAGGCUGUGACUGGUUCUUCUAUUUCGAACGAAACGGGGGUUCAGCCGCGGCCUUAAAAUUUUUGCGAUUUUAAAGUGAAAUCGGCAAAUCGCUUGCCGACUUCUCCGCUAGCCUCCCUUCCUCUCUCACCCUCUUCCCCUUUCUCUCUCUCUUUUCCUCUCUCCUACGGUCUGCGUGCCCUCUUCUUUGUCGGUACAAGCCCAGUACAGCACGAUGCGGGCCCGUAUCAACUCGUGCCACUGGAAAACCAGUACGGUGCCCGGUACCGGUUCCACCGACCUUGAUUCGCCUCAUUUGGGGGGAUAUCCCCUACUUAUUUCGCCAUCAAAAAAAAGCCACAAGUGGCUAGCAAAGGAAGCAAUUCACAUGCUAGUACUCCCAAAUGAUGUGACACUAGUAUAACUCAUAAAUUUGCAAGGUAGCGGAGCCCACAUGCAAGUCCUAAUUUGCAAACCAAAGAAAACUCCCAAAAAAAGGGAUCAAAAUUAUGCAAAUUGAAAUCAUAAAGAGGGAAAUAGCAAGGUACCAAGAUACGAGCCAUGAUUAAUAUAAUUGUGGCCCUAAUUGAAGAUCUCAAAAUUAAAAUUUAUGGAAGAGCUCAAACACUGGCCAGAAUUGCCUACAAGACAAAAAUAAUUGCUAAAGCACAAAAGAAAGGUUGGCAUGGGUUCAAAAGGUGAUUGUUAGGACUCAAAUUUAAGGAAUUUUAGGAUGUAAAGGAAUAUAUGCUAUUUAUUAACAGUGACUACUGUUAUGGAAGGGUGAAUUCGCCAUCUAAGAUGGAAUACAGGCACAGAAUACUUGGAGGUCUUCAUGAUAGCAUGUGUGAAUGAAGAUAAGGGGAUUACAGGGAUAUUACCUGUCAGUUGCUGGCUUUAAUGAUGUAUAAAGUAUAUCCUCUCAUGAACUUCUCUAAGUGAGGUGUUCCUUUUUUGUCACUUAAAAUACUUUUUCCAUCUCCCAUAAACUUAAAAUGUUUUUCGAGUGCCUUACCAAAACUAACAUGAACGUAAAAAUAAAUGUUUUAGAAUUGUUAAUUUGUAACUUGGCUAGGUACAAAAUUCAGGUUUUCAGUGGCGUAUACAACAGGUCUGCAUAUAGGACUGUUGUAGGAAAAUGUUGGACUGAAAGAAGGGUGGUGGUUUAGUGUAUCUAACUCAUUACACUGCAAAACAGAAUUCCUUAUGCAAUUCUUCUCAAGUCUAUCUUCUUAGUUUCCCUGCUAAAGUUAUUCCUUUACCACUAAGCGCAAAGAAAUUAAGGCACAAAUGCAAACACCAAGUUUGGCUGCUAGAAAUGACAAGUGUUAUCAAAAUUACUUUUAACUUUUCCACUAUGCCUUCAUAUUGCUUUUAUGCUAUUGAUAUAUCCAUAUAUUUGCCUUUCCUUUUGAUACUUAACAAGUCACUUCACUUGAUGUCACUUUACAAGGCUCGAGAUAUAAAGGCAUGAAAUUCACCUCAAACUUAAGUUGACCUAGAACAAUGAAAUCUAAUGCUACUAAUUGCAGCUAUUUCAUUGCUCCCUCAAAUCUUGAGUGCCUCUAAUAUUCAAGUUGAUCAUCUUUCCUUAACCACCACCCAGUCUCUAUGAUAGUAUGUGCCACCCAAGUCUUGACUUUGUUCUUCCAUAUCUUUCUCUCUCACCAUACAUUCAUGACAGAAAUCAUUAGGUUCACCCAAUGUGCAAGUUCACAAAACAUUGCUUUUUUAUUUGUUCACUCUGCUUAAGAUGUCAAUCUCUGAUAUCUAUUUGUAGCUUAUUAGAAUUAGAAUAGAAUGAUUCAUCCUGCUAAUGGGAAGAAGAUUGCUGAAAGCUUUUAGAUGCUUCUGAAUCUUAAAAUAUUUAGGCCAACAGAAAUGACUAGUGAUUUGUUAUCCUUUUCCAUUUUCAUUUGCAAACAGAUGUCGAAAUGAAGUGAUCAGCUUUUCUCGUUACUUGCUGUUCCAUUGGAGAUAUACAUUCAUUUGCAAUAAAAAUAGUGCAAUUCUUGUUUAAAAUGCACAGCUUCUGGGUGUUGACUUCAUAAAUCUAACUAAAGUGUCACUCCAAAUAAUUAUUGAAAAGCAAGCCCCUAGAAGCUUCGGUGAUAUCGUAUAGGAAGGGGAGUGGGAUGUAAUGGGGGUAAGAAAUGAGAGAAACUACUUAAAACCACUUUCUGAAACAUAAAUAGGCAAGCACUGUCAUCGUGAAGCUGACUUGAUUGAAGAUGUAUAUAGGGUAGAGUGCAAUAGAAAAAAAGUGAUGAUAUGUUUUUUUGUUUUGUUGAAGCCAGCAGUAUUGCAACAAAUAUCAUCUAAAGUUCAUUGAACACAUUCCAAAGUCUCGGCAGGAUGUUCAAUUGACAGAAGAUACUAGGUUGAAUUGAUAUUCUUCAUUGUUGCCAUAUUGGCUUCAAAUAUGUAUCUAUACAUGGAUGAUUCCAGACGCUGCAAGAUUUUCAUGAACAUGGACUUUGGAACCUUUUUUGAAUAACAAGCCUUGUCCCAUUUGUACGCAUUUGACCUUCUACACUAAGUUUUGAUACAUCAAGGUGUUAGACUUGUUUAAAAUACUCCAUUCCUGACUUAGACCCUUGAAAUUGGUGCCCUUUUCCUGGCUAAGGUAAAUAUGGGCAAUAGAUGAACAAUCCAUAAAUGUAUAAUAUAAUUUGAUAGCGAGGAAACCCUACCUAAUUGGUUGCAGAUCCAUUUUUCUUUAAUACUAUAUUUGUUCAGAUUUGGACAAUAAAAAUGCUAGAUUAAGUGCUGUAUUAUUACUCAUUGACCAUAGGAAACAUGCAUUCUCUUGAUUGUGUAGGCCUAACUUUGUGAAUGUUUCUUUGCCAUCCAUUUGAUUUUUGUUAAGUCUUGUUCCAGUGUCCAGAUUUCUAUUACUUCAAGUGCAAAUAUUUCAGGUCAACCUUGAAAUUGAACUGUUAUUUUUACUGUAUCCUCAAUUUUCAAUUCACGUGCUGGUUAGUUCUCACUAUUUCAUAUCCUUCUUGUGCAAUACACUGAUCCCUCCAUUUUGUUUAGUUAUAACAAUAUCCUUCAUAGAUUUCCUCGAUAUAUGUCUCUUUUCUCAAUACGCAUCUUAUGUGCAUGGUUCAAUACCCAUCCUAUCCUCAUAACUCAUGCAUAACUGUUAGCCUUCAUAAAUCCCUACUGGAUUUCCCUUCGUCAUAAAGGCAGCAAUGAUCACACAUCAUGAGAAUAUCUCCUUUUUAAUCAACACUUUUCCAGCAUUAUUACAUGUGGAUGUCUGUCUUUCAACUCAUCCUGAUAACACAUUCAAGGCUACAAAAAAAUGCUACAGAUUUUUCCUGGAUGAGGUUUCAUUGUCAUCUGUCUACUAAGAUUUUACGUUGUUCCAGUUUGGCUUUCUGAAACUUUAUGCUAUAAGCUUGUGUCACUGAGAAGCUCCUUGUAAGAGUGAACCACUGCAUAUUAUUGCCAUUUUGCUUCUGAUCCCUUCUUAGCUCUCCAGACUAGGAUAGCAUUUAAUAUCCCCUUAUGGCUAAAAAAAGAAAUAAAGAAAAAAAAUGCAAGUCCAACUUCAGAUCCAUGUGGAACAUGCAAAUCAAGUCAUGACUUCAUGAUUUCAGAACUUUAUGAACAUGAUUAAGCCUUAUAAAGAAAGCUUUCUUCUCUAUAUCUGUUUAUAUUUCACUUAAUACACUACAGAAUAAUAAAAAAAAGACUAUAAACUUUCAUGUUCUUCUUUUAAUAUGAAAUUUAUUUGAGGGACAAGAUAUAGUUCAUUUGAAUGUCCACAUGACUAGUCGGUUUGGUAAAUGACAUGGUCAAAACCCAUUAUAAGCAACACUUUGAAUUGGGUAUCAAUUUUUUCAUUUUGCAUUUCUAACAUGAGAUAGAUCAUAAUGUCUUGUUUGUUCCUGCUUUGACUGUUCCUCUCAAUCUGCUGCUUAAUUUUACGUAACUUUAUUAAAACUGCAUCUCUAGAGGCAUAGUCAAUGAGAACUAGACAAAGUUCUUAUUGUUGCCAAUUUGUGGUAUACGUUUUUCACUUUGAUAACUGUUUCUUUCUUUCUUUGUUAAUCCAAAUAUCAUCUGAAAAGUAGUUUUCUGGUUUAUCUGGUUGAGUUUCUCUCCAAAAGAAAUGUUUUAAUUAGAAUUUCAAUAAUCAUAUACAUGUUGCUUUUUGGCUAUUUUGAAUGAAUUGUAAGUAUAGGUUUGAACCAUCAGCUUCCAUUAUUCAAUGAAUAUGCUCAGCAAGUUGUACUUCAUUUGAAAUUUUCUAUUACCUGGUUCUCUUACGAGAUAUGAGUGCACUGAAAUACAAAAUCCAAAUGAUUUGGUGAAAAAUUUGAAGGCACCAGUGAAGAUUGCUUUUGAUAUUUUUUUUCCUUUUUCUUCCAAAUGAAAGGUUGGAUAGAAUCCAUCCAAAUUUAUUGAGAUAAUGAAAGGUAGUACAACAAAGUAAAGCAAAAUAAUAGGGAAAAAGGUUAAAACAGCAGAAAUAACAGAAAGCAAGAUCAAGCAGGAUUCGAAACAGGAGAGAGGGAGGAGAGAAGGAAGAAGCCUAUCUCCUUAAUGUAGUAAAAUCCCAUUUGGAGAAGUUGGCAGUGAUCGUGUUCGCCGGAUCAUUAAUGGGAUAGGAUUUGUUCAGGAACACCCUGUUGAUUCUCUCAAGCCAGAUGUUCUAGUAGAUUUUCUUGAUAUGCUUGCUUCUCCAGGUUGUCUAGAGGGAGAGGUGGGACCCUGGAUGUUACUGAUGCUGAUUUUUGAUUUGAAGUGUGCCUAGAGUUGCUUGGAUGGUGGACAGUGGACAAGGAGAUGAUUUUGAAGUUUCUGUGGUCUUCGUUUAGAGUGCACAACCAUCAAUAGAGUUUGUUCUUCGCAGAAUGUAUUUGGUCAACAUUUUAUUUUUAAUAGCAAGCCAAGAGAAGAUCUUAGCUUUCACGAGUGCCACAGGCCCCUGAAAUGGGGUGGAUUGGGCAUCAUUGAUUCUGGAGGUGUUAAGGAGUAAUAAGAAUUGACUGCGAAAGAACCAGACUUUUCCACCUGCAAUUACAGAUAUCUUUGUUAAGAUGGGGAGAGAAAAUUUUGAUUUACUUUUGAAUUGAAUCUAUAUAUUUUUCCCCAAGCAUGUGUUAUGAUUUGAUCAAUUUCCUGCGUUAAUUGUGAAAUAUAUUUCAGGAUUAUCUUUGGCAUGAGCAAUGCCAACUUGCAAGAAAAUUCAAUGGAUUUUCCCUGCAACAGGCUAUGUUUUUGUAA